UUAUAGCUGCCUGCGUAUUCUUUGUCACGCUCUGCCAGAGUAUCAAAACUAUUUCUAUCCUCGUAUCAUCGUGUAAGAUAGACGAUUCAUCCCUCCUCGCUCUCUCUCGAAAAUGCUCGAUUCGUGGCGAAAUCCUUCCCAACACUCCAAAAGCCAGCAACAACAGAAGAAUCAAGAGCCAUGGUUUGCAGUGAGCAUAAAGCCCCAGAACAUGAUACCAGGUCUCAUCAUCGGUUUCCUUCUUGGGUUUUUGAUAGAUUUAUCAGCACCCCACAAACGCAACACAAGAAACAAUUCUUUUUCCAAUUUGAAGAGGCAGCAACAGCUAAUUUCAGAUGGCUGUGAUGAAGAGCUCAAAAUGGUUUUGGUUGUUAGACAAGACCUGAAGAUGGGAGCUGGGAAAAUUGCAUCUCAAUGUGCUCAUGCGGCCACAGGCAUGUAUUCGGAAUUGAUACAAAGCCAGCGAUCCCUAUUGAGACAAUGGGAGCAAUGUGGCCAGCCUAAAAUAGUUGUUACAUGCAAGAAUCAACAAGAAAUGAACAAGUUACAGGGAGCAGCAUGUAGCAUUGGCCUUCCAACUUUCGUUGUUGCGGAUGCGGGGCGUACACAGGUUAUGGCUGGGUCGAAGACAGUUCUUGCCAUUGGACCAGGUAGAAAGGCAUCCGUGGAUUCGGUGACAGGGAAACUGCGCCUUCUAUGAUGGUGAAUCUGCUAACAUGGGUGUUAUAAUGAGUUUUUAGACCCUGCUGGCGGAUGACCGGCAGUUGGAUCCAUGUGUUCAUUUAUUAUCAUGGGGUGCUUCAAGAAUUGAAAGAAAUUGAAAUUCACAAUUAUUCACUCCUGAGAAGUAAGAAAGCAGUUUGAUGAUGAUGACAAUGAUGAGGAUAUGAACAGCAGCUAAGGCCCAUUUGGAUGCAUAUUGUACAAUGUUAUUUGAUUAAGAGCAUUCUGCCUGAUCGUGUUUUGAUUUUUCAGAUAGUUUUGGCGAUCCCCAAGUCAGCAUUGGAACCAACACUAUACAGAUUGGAAUCCUUGACAACAGAUGUUUUCGCUAGCAGCUACACCAUCCAAGCUCUGUGGGGGCCCACUGUUAUUUGUACAACAUCCACUCCGUCCACCAGGUGCACCCCUCGACCAUUGGGCCAGAAGUCAGCCCAAACCACAACUCCAGUAGGCCACACCAAAGGGAAUAAUGGGGGAUAGGGACACUAUUGAAAACAUUCAGGAUGCUGCUCACCUUUGAGUGUGUAUAUACCAUCCAAUUGUUCAUUAGGUGUAACUUGUCUGGAUGAAGGAACACUCCAAAAAUCAUCCUCAUCCAAUACUCAAGUGGGCUACGACUCAUGGAUUUAUUGGUUUUGGGCAUGUUUCUUGCCUACCCAAGUUUUGGAUUGCAGUGA